AUGGGGACUGUACCAGAUCCUCUGAGAUCUGCUAAGCUUUCCCUGCUCACAGCUUCUGCAGAGGAGGACCACCUGGGAGACCUGCAGUCUGCUAAGCACCAGCCCCAAAUACCCAGUGGAGAGAGGGCCAGCAAUGGCUUCCCGUGCACGCCGUCCGGCUCUGCUGGAGUUUGCUUGUUCGACCUGAAAUGCACGGCGGCUGCCAGCACACAGAAGUGUGAGCAAUGCAGCGAGGACGAUGCUAGCCAGCAGGAAGCCUUCCCUCCCGGGCUCGCCAGGAAAGCCGUGGAGGGGCAUCCCGCAGCCGUAGAGCCUGCUGGUUGCUCCCAGCCAGCGGGCAGCCAGGGACUGGCAGCACCAGCCCCCGCUGCAGCAGGACCCCCCUUGGCGGGGCAGGGGCCAGAGAUGAUGCCAGCCCCCCAGAGCUCCCGGCAGUUUGUGCAAGGCAGCCAGGCGAAACCGAGCUCCCUGACGCAAAUGGAUGAUUCUGCCUUGAAAGCUCAGGGGGCUGAUGAUCAGCCAGCACUUGAGGUGUUAAAUUAUUCUUCCCCAGGCAACCCUGUUAGGGGUAAUGAGUCCUGCCAUACUUCUCAGGCAAACCUUCUGCAAAGAGGGGAAAAAGACAGGGGAGCAGAAAAAACUGGUUCUGCUGCGUGUCAGUCAGCCUCGCCAGCAAGGCACGCCGAAGCUGACCUGGGGAGAGACCCACAGACCGGUUUGGAGGCCAAAAGCGGGGCUGCAGACACCAUGCAGUUGCAUCCCACAGAUAAAACUGAAGUGGUGCAGAGCAGCGAGGCACUCGCCCAGUCUAGCCACGAGAGUCCACAUCCCGUAUGCAACGUGGGCACCGAGCUGGGCAGUCCAGACCCCACCCAGCUCUCCAGAUUCAGAGACACGGGUACAAUGACGGUUCAGUCGGAGAGCAGCAAUUUAACUCAGGAAGUAGUAAGCAGGACAUGGCAAGAUGCUGAGGUUCAGGCCGUGGCUACCGUGGAGAGCAAAUCGGCCUCCACCAGUCCCAGCAUCCUUGUUGCCUUCUUAAAAGGGAAUCUUCCUCAAGAGGAGAAGGAAGAACUGCACAUCAUUUAUCAAGGAGGUAUGGGGCUGAGCCAGUCUGCACUUACUGACAGUUUAUCCUCACGACAAAAGUCCCCAUGUUCUCCUGGUAAGACAUCAAAGUCGACUGUUGUUACGGCUGUAACUGCUUCAGCCCAAACCCAGGCUGUCAAACUGCCUGGAGCCCCAUCUGAUGUGGUGUCUCCAGCCUCAGCAGAUAAUGCAAAACCUGCUCUCCCCUUUUCCCCUGCAGCCGUUGCCUCCCAAGGGACAUCUGUGGGUAAUGCUGAAAUGAUCGGUGCAGCUUGUGACGGCCAGGAUGCUGCUCGGCUGCCGAUGGAUGCUCCAGUCCCACCCAUCCCUGUUGAGCAGCUUGCAGUUGACUCCACUAAUCAAGCUCCUGCACGGUCUGGGUCUGGUGCUGGUGAACCAAGCACCACUUCUGCUGCCGCUGUCCCAGGAACCAAGAACAACGUGCGAGAUCUUGUCCAUGAUGCAGGAAGCAGCCAGUUACCUUUACUCUGUAGCACAGAUGGUGAAGUCAAGCAGAAGGAGGUCCUGGGCAGCUCUGAGCAACAGCCUGUGCAAUGUAAGGGUGCGAGUCAAGGGGAGGCCAUUCUUCAUCAAUCUGUGGUAAAACCAAAGGAAGAAAACUCGGUAGUGGUUGAUCCUAAAGGAGGGAUGAAUGUUAGCAGCCAACCUGCUGCUGUCUGCAUAAAGGUGCGCUCGGAGGAUGCAGGCAAAAAGGAAGAGAGCAAAGGCCAGGGAGCCACUGGCCAAGCUCAGACGGCUGGUGGCCAGACCCUGCAGGCAGGACUGAUGCCCGAGUUGAGUGCGAGCUCUGCGCGUCUCACCCCUCCCUCGGAGGCAUCAGCAGCUCCUCAGCAGCAAGGCCGCCAGGCUGAGGAGGCCAGAGGUGACCUUCACACAGCAGCUCUUCCUGCUUCAGCUCAGGCCUUGCCAAACCUGGGGGAAAACAAAAAGCAGCCCACCCCGGCCAUGGAGGCGAAAGUGCAGGUGAAGCAGUCCAAGCACGUCAGGGAUGUUGUCUGGGACGAGCAAGGCAUGACGUGGGAGGUUUACGGUGCUUCCCUCGAUCCAGAAUCCCUGGGAAUUGCCAUCCAGAACCACUUACAGAGACAAAUACGGGAACACGAGAAACUGAUCCGGACCCAGAACAGUCAGACCCGGAAAUCCAUUUCCUCGGAUACAUCCUCAAAUAAAAAACUGAAAGGGAGGCAGCACAAUGUGUUCCAGUCCAUGCUGCAGAAUUUUAGGCGUCCUAAUUGCUGCGUCCGACCCGCUCCCUCUUCUGUGUUAGACUGA